AUGGCACUAAAUAUAGUAGCACUGAUAGUUCUAGGUGUAUUUUAUAUAUUAAUUAUGGGGGUUGGAAUUCUUGCUGGGCGGAAAGUGAAAAUCCAUGGGUAUGAAAAGGGAACAAUGGAAGCCAAUAUGGUGGCUGGUAGAGACCUCAAUAUGUGUGUUGGUAUUUUCACAAUGAUGGCUACUACAGUAGGAGGUGGAUAUAUUAAUGGUGUAGCUGAAUCAGUAGCCACUAGUGGAUUGUUAUGGACUUUAGCUCCACUUGGUAUAUUUAUUGGUUUGAUUUUAGGUGGUAUAAUCUAUGCUAGAAGAAUGAGAGAUGAGAAAUAUUUAACAAUGUUAGAUCCGUUUCAACUACGUUAUGGAUCAGUGGUAGUAAUAUUGAUAUAUAUAGCUAGUUUAUGUGGAGAUGUCUUCUGGACAGCUUCUAUUUUAUCAGCUUUAGGAUCUAGUCUGGCUGUAAUGACUGGUAUAAAUCGACCGAUCGCAGUCUGUGUAUCAUCAGCUAUCACUGUUAUCUAUACUAUGAUUGGGCAAAUGAUUGCAGUAGCUUAUACAGACAUAGUUCAGUUAAUACUCAUUAUUAUUGGCUUGGGUGUCAGUCUACCAUAUAUUUUCACCAAUGAGAAUACAGGUAACAUCAGUAACACAACAUGUGAUUGGCUGGGAAAUAUUGAAGUUAAAUAUACAGGAGUUUGGAUUGAUUUACUCAUUGCUAUGUCUUUUGGAACCAUUCCAUGGCAGGCAUAUUUUCAAAGAGUAUUAUCAGUAAAGAGUGGAAGACAGGCCCAGAUAUUGUCAGUAGCAGGAGCAUUUGGUGCCUUGGUUCUAGUCAUACCUUCUGUUUUAAUUGGUACAGUUGCUACCUCAGCAGAUUGGAACAGUACAACAUUAGGUAAAAACCCUGUAAAAUUAGGCCAGGCCAGUGAUGUUCUUCCAUAUGUUUUACAAGAAUUUACUCCUUAUAUUAUAUCACUAUUAGGAUUAGGAGCUAUCUCCGCAGCUGUGAUGUCAUCAAUGGAUAGUUCUAUAUUAGGUUCAUCAUCAAUGUUUACGCAUAAUAUUUAUAAUAAUAUAUUCAGAAAAAAGGCCAGUCUGUUAGAGUUACAAAUUGUCCAACGAAUAGCCAUCUUUAUAUUAGGAUGUAUGGCCACAGCAAUAUCAUUAUCAGUACCUAUAUUAUAUGGACUAUUUAUAUUAGCAGCAGAUAUUGUGUUUGUUAUUGUUCUUCCUCAAUUGACUUGUGCUAUAUUUCUUAGAAGGACUAACAACUAUGGCUCAAUUUGUGGAUAUAUUGUGGGCUUAGUGCUACGUUUAGGUGCAGGAGAACCUGAGUUUAAUCUUUCAGCUUUUAUAUAUUAUCCUUAUUAUGAAACUCAAGCAGGACAACUUUUCCCAUUCCGGACUUUUGCAAUGGUGUGUUCCAUGAUAACAAUUGUUAUUGUAUCUGAAUUAACAAACUUAUUUUUCAAUCGAAUUGUGUCUGCUCAAUCUUGUGAUAUUUUUGGAUCUUUUGAUUAUGAUAUUGUGGAUCAAUCAAUGCAAUCGAAUCAUUUAGCUCGACCAAGAAGAAAAUCAGUUGAUAAAGAGGAACUUACAAUAUUAUAA